AUGUCAGAAAUCGACGAAUGUUACAGUUCACCUUGUAGAAAUGGUGGAACCUGCCGAAACCUCAUCAACUCGUACCGCUGUGACUGUAAGCCUGGAUGGAGUGGUGUCAACUGUCAGGAAGAUGCAAACGAAUGUGACCAAAACCUCCAUGAUUGUCAACAAAUAUGUCUAAACAUCCAUGGUGGAUUCUCAUGUGGAUGUGACGACGGGUUUUCUCUCAAUGACGAUGGGAAAACGUGUUCGGUUGACUGUCCCCCCGGCACGUUCCAUGACCUGACUACGGACACCUGUGAGUACUGCCCUGUUGGUGAGUACCAGGACCAGCCGUGUGAAGUUGGUUGGGCCGGAUCCCACGACGGACUUACAUGUGGUCUUGACGGUGAUCAAGACGGUUAUCCAGAUGUACCCCUGCCCUGUAACGACACCAGGUGCAACAAGGACAACUGUCCGGGCAUCCCUAACAGCGGUCAGGACAACGCAGAUGGGGACGAGAUGGGAGACGCCUGUGAUGAUGAUAUGGACAACGACGGGUUUCUUAAUAUCGAGGACAAUUGCCCACUGCUAGUGAACGUAAACCAGACGGACAGUGACAGUGAUGGAGUGGGUGACGUGUGUGACAACUGUCCCACGGACAUCAACACUGACCAACGGGACACAGACGGGGACGGUGUGGGGGAUGUGUGUGACAGUGAUGCCGAUAGUGACGGGAUUAUUGACACCCAAGACAACUGCCCGUUCAUGGCUAACGAUGAACAGGAAGAUUCUGACGGAGACGGCAUCGGAGAUGUCUGUGACAACUGUCCAAUGGUCGCAAACGUGGAUCAAUCUGACCUGGAUCAGAAUUCCAUCGGUGAUGCCUGCAUCGACAAUGCUGACAGCGAUGCAGACGGGAUCCCAAACUCCUCUGACAACUGUCCUGACAUCCCGAACAGUCAACAGUUGGAUACGGACAAGGACGGAGCAGGUGACCUUUGUGACGAUGAUGAUGAUGGUGACACAUUAGUGGAUGACGUGGACACGUGUCGCCUUGUUCCCAGCCUGGACAAUAGAGACUUUGACGGAGAUGGAGUAGGCGAUGUCUGUACCGGUGAUUUUGACAUGGACGGCGUGCCUGACGCUGAUGACGUGUGUCCUGAGAGUGGGGUCAUCGCCCGUACGGACUUUAGGAACUACCAAACCGUGGAUCUGGUCGGGAGUAGUGACAACCCUCCAGUUUGGGAGUUCCUUAAUGAGGGAACUGAAAUAGUCCAGAAGGCAAACAGUGACCCAGGUCUUGUACUAGGUCCUGACAACUUCGGCAACUUGGACUACCGUGGAACCGUGUUUGUGAACACCCAGGUUGAUGACGACUUUGUGGGUUUCGUCUUCAGCUAUCAGAGCAACUCUCGGUUCUACCUGAUGUCCUGGAAACAGGCAGGGGACAGCAGCGGUGGACAGGCGGGGGUACAGCUGAAGUUGGUGAACUCGACUACCGGACCUGGUGACGACCUGUCCCUGGCUCUUUGGAAGGGUGAAGAGGUCCCGGGACAGACCAAGCUGCUGUGGGAGGAUCCCAACAAAGUAGGCUGGAGCUACAACACCGCCUACCGCUGGGAGCUGAAGCACCGGGUGGACAUCGGACUCAUCAGGUUCCGUCUGUACUCCGGCAGUCUCCUUGUGGUGGACUCCGGUGACGUUCUGGACGCCUCUCUCCGCGGAGGCCGCCUGGGGGUGUACUGUUACUCCCAGGAGAACGUCAUCUGGUCUGACCUCGUCACCAAGUGCGAUGGCAACACUCCAUCCACCUAACCGAAGACAAGUAUCCUACCAGGGCUACUGAAGCUGUGAUUCAUUUUAGGUCUAGU